UCCUGGGCACUUCACAGGCGUUGCCAGGCAAGGCAAACUGCGCCGGUUCCGCGCCCUUGCCGCCAGCGAAUGGAAAGGGAGGUGAGGAGGGAGGAAGGUAUCGCGCAAACGCACAAGCAAGGACAAUCCUCCCCGAACUGGCAGCGGGGCGAGUGGCUGGGCGGACAGUUGUUGUUGUACAGCCCGCCCACUCCCUCCCUCCCAACAGGCCUCGCGUGGCGAAUUCCGAUGACGUUGGGGAACGUCUGUGCGGUUGUUUUUGUCAUCGGCUCCGAGUAAUCGCCUCGCGGCUUCCGAUUCAAAUCGACACGGCGGCCGUUACCCUCGCCACUGGAAAUAGGCGCGGCCUGGCUCGGAGGAGGAGCGGCGGCGGCGGAGGAGGAGAGUGGGCCACCCGCUUAUCUUAUGUCUGCAGCAAAGUUUCCCGUUUGCCUCUCUCUUCCCAAAGGCAGCUGUUUUAGGCCCGGGCUGCCGUGGCCUGCGAGGAGACGGCGGUAGUCGGGCAGAGGGGAGGGGAGCGGUGUGAGCCUGUGUCUUGAGCCCCUUGCCGAGAGAGAGCCGCUGGAUAUGGGGCACAGGACAACAGCCGCCCCUCGACAUGUCGUCGGCCGACAGCCUGAAGUCGCGGCUGAAAAAAGCUCGAGGCAAUGGUCCAGAGACCCGAAGUCUCCAAUUACGCAGAGAGUUUGUUGGAUGGACUCAAUGCUCUGGUUCAGGAUUUGGACUUCCCUGCUCUCAGGAAGAACAAAAACAUUGAAAACUUCCUAAAUAGAUAUGACAAAGUAAUGGGUAAGGUUCGAGAAAUGCAAAUGAAAGCAGAGGACUACGAGGUUGUAAAAGUGAUAGGACGUGGUGCAUUUGGUGAAGUUCAGCUGGUCCGACAUAAAGCGUCUCAAAAGGUAUAUGCAAUGAAGCUUUUAAGUAAAUUUGAAAUGAUCAAGAGAUCUGAUUCAGCAUUUUUCUGGGAGGAACGAGAUAUCAUGGCCUUUGCGAACAGUGCCUGGGUUGUUCAGUUAUUUUAUGCCUUUCAAGAUGACAGGUAUCUCUACAUGGUAAUGGAAUAUAUGCCUGGUGGUGACCUUGUAAAUCUCAUGAGCAAUUAUGAUGUGCCUGAAAAAUGGGCCAAGUUCUACACUGCUGAAGUAGUGCUUGCCUUGGAUGGCAUUCAUUCAAUGGGUUUUAUACACAGAGAUGUUAAGCCUGAUAAUAUGCUUUUAGACAAAUUGGGACAUUUAAAGUUGGCAGACUUCGGCACUUGCAUGAAAAUGGAUUCGACUGGAAUGGUUCGAUGUGAUACAGCAGUUGGAACGCCUGAUUACAUUUCUCCUGAAGUACUAAAAUCACAGGGUGGCGAUGGUUAUUAUGGACGGGAAUGUGAUUGGUGGUCUGUAGGAGUUUUCCUGUAUGAAAUGUUAGUUGGUGAUACACCAUUUUAUGCAGAUUCCCUUGUUGGUACAUACAGUAAAAUUAUGGAUCACAAAAAUUCGCUCAACUUUCCAGAUGAUGUUGAAAUCUCAAAGCACGCCAAAGACCUCAUCUGUGCCUUCUUGACAGACAGGGAAGUUCGGUUAGGGAGAAAUGGAGUUGAAGAAAUCAAGCGUCAUUCUUUCUUCAAAAAUGACCAGUGGACGUGGGACAAUAUUCGUGAGGCUGCAGCCCCUGUUGUGCCUGAAUUGAGCAGCGACAUAGACACAAGUAACUUUGAUGAUAUUGAAGAUGAUAAAGGAGAAGUAGAAACGUUUCCAACCCCAAAAGCCUUCGCUGGGAACCAGUUACCUUUUGUAGGAUUCACAUAUUUCAGAGAUAGCCAGUUGCUAAGUGACUUGCCUGCAUCCUAUAAAGAAAAUGAGCCCAAUUUACCCAAUAAAAUUGAGUCUGCAAAACUACAGAAAAAGAUGCACCAGCUUGAAGAACAAUUGAGCAAUGAAAUGCAAGCCAAAGAUGAAAUGGAGCAAAAAUUUAGAACCACAAGUAGUCGUCUGGAAAAGAUAUCCAAAGAUUUGGAAGAUGAGAUAACAUGCAGGAAAGAUGUGGAAUCAGCUUUAAGGCAAUUAGAACGAGAAAAAGCACUUCUUCAACACAAGAAUGCAGAAUAUCAUCGUAAAGCUGAAAUGGAAGCGGAUAAAAAACGUGGCUUAGAAAAUGAGGUUAAUAGUCUGAAGGAUCAACUUGAAGACCUGAAGAAAAGGAAUCAGAACUCCCAAAUUUCAAAUGAGAAAAUGGCUCAAUUACAGAGACAGUUGGAUGAAGCUAAUGCCUUGCUAAGGACGGAAUCUGAGACGGCGGUGAGACUACGAAAGAAUCAAACAGAAUUAUCGAAGCAAUUAGGACAACUCGAGACCAACAACAGGGAAUUGCAAGACAAAAAUGCUGCAUUGGAUAAUACCAAGCUCAAACUUGAAAAGGACUACAUAAGUUUACAGUCAGCACUAGAAGCUGAACGAAGAGAUCGCUCUCAUGGUUCGGAGAUUAUCAGUGACUUGCAAGGGCGGAUUUCUUCAAUCGGGGAUGAACUGAAAAACACUAAGAGCAUAUUGUCCAAAACUGAAAUGGAGAAAAGACAGCUGCAAGAUAAACUAACAGACUUGGAAAAGGAAAAAAAUAACAUGGAAAUAGACAUGACGUACAAGCAAAAAGUGUUACAGCAGCAUCUAGAGCAGGAAGAAGCUGAGCACAAAGCUACCAAGGCACGACUAGCAGAUAAAAAUAAGAUCUAUGAGUCUAUAGAAGAGGCAAAAUCGGAAGCCAUGAAGGAGAUGGAAAAAAAGCUACAGGAAGAGAGAAGUUCCAAACAAAAAGUUGAAAAUCGUCUUCUGGAAGCUGAAAAGCAGUGUUCAAUGUUAGACUGUGAUAUUAAACAAGCACAGCAAAAAAUAGAAGAAUUGUUAAGUCAAAAAGAAAAAUUAACCGAGGAGGUCAAAAAUUUGUCAUUGAAGAUAGAACAGGAGACUCAAAAACGUAGUUUAACUCAGAAUGACUUGAAGAUGCAGACACAACAAGUAAAUUCCUUGAAAAUGUCAGAGAAACAGCUGAAGCAGGAGAUAAAUCACUUGAUGGAGACUAAACUGAGUCUGGAAAAACAGAUAGGAGAGCUGCGAAAAGAGCGCCAGGAUGCUGAUGGUCAAAUGAAAGAACUUCAGGACCAGUUGGAGGCAGAACAGUAUUUUUCAACUUUGUACAAGACUCAAGUAAGGGAACUGAAGGAAGAAUGUGAAGAGAAAAGCAAACUUUGUAAGGAUUUGCAACAAAAAAUGCAGGAACUUCAGGAUGAGAGAGAUUCUUUGGCAGCACAGCUUGAGAUCACACUGACGAAAGCAGAUUCUGAGCAGCUUGCACGCUCAAUUGCAGAGGAACAAUAUUCUGAUUUGGAAAAAGAGAAAAUUAUGAAGGAGCUUGAAAUUAAGGAGAUGAUGGCGAGGCACAAGCAAGAAUUGGCGGAAAAGGAUGCUACUAUUGCAUCUCUGGAGGAGACCAAUAGAACACUAACAGCUGAUGUAGCAAAUCUUGCAAGUGAGAAGGAGGAACUCAACAACAAAGUGAAGGAGCUUCAGGACCAGGUUAACAAACUGAAAGAAGAAGAUGCAAAUCUAGUCAAUAUUAAAGUCCAGUAUGACAAACAAUUGCUGAAUGAGAGGACGCUCAAAACACAGGCUGUCAACAAAUUAGCUGAAAUUAUGAAUCGUAAGGAUAUGAAGAGGGACCAUGGGAGGCGUGGAAAUGACACUGAUGUUCGUAAAAAAGAAAAAGAAAAUCGAAAACUGCAAUUGGAGCUAAGGUCAGAGCGGGAAAAAUUAUCACAAAUGAUGAUCAAAUACCAGAGAGAGCUCAAUGAAAUGCAAGCGCAAAUCGCAGAUGAAAGCCAGGUGCGAAUUGAACUGCAGAUGGCACUAGACAGCAAAGACAGUGAUAUUGAACAGCUUCGUUCCCAGCUGCAGCUAAUACAUGCAGGCCUAGAUACUACUAGCAUUGGCAGUGGCCCUGGCGAUGCAGAAGCAGAUGAUGGAUUUCCUGAAUCCAGACUAGAAGGUUGGCUUUCCUUGCCCAUGAGAAAUAACACAAAAAAAUUUCUGUGGCGGAAACAGUAUGUAGUUGUGAGCAGUAAGAAGAUCCUAUUUUAUGACAGCGAGCAAGACAAAGAGUUGUCUAAUCCUUCUAUGGUGUUGGAUAUUGACAAACUUUUCCAUGUUCGGCAAGUUACACAGGGUGAUGUAUAUAGAGCAGAUGCCAAAGAGAUUCCCAGAAUAUUUCAGAUCCUGUAUGCUAAUGAGGGUGAAAGUAGAAAGGAACAAGAGUUCCCUGUGGAGCCUCCUGCCUUGGGAGAGAAGUCGAGCUACAUUCCUCACAAAGGACAUGAAUUUAUACCCACCCUCUACCAUUUCCCAACCAACUGUGAGGCUUGCCCAAAGCCACUGUGGCAAAUGUUUAAACCCCCACCAGCUCUGGAGUGUCGCCGUUGCCAUAUCAAAUGCCACAAAGAUCACAUAGAUAAAAAAGAGGACCUUAUAGCACCAUGUAAAGUAAAUUAUGAUGUUUCAUCUGCAAAAGACCUGCUGUUAUUAGCUAAUUCAACAGAGGAACAACAGAAAUGGGUGAGUCGACUGGUGAAAAAGAUUCCAAAGAAACCACCUGCACAUGAUCCUAACUUUCACAGAUCUUCACCUCGGUCCUCAAUGCGGGUUCCACCUAACCAGUCCAUGAGACGGCCAAGCCGACAACUUCCUGCAGCCAAGCCCAGCUAACCUGUCUUCUUGGAAAAUGCAUUUGUACGGUUCAAGAUAAUAGGUUUCAUUAUUAAACAAAAAAAGAGACUCUGUAAUCUACAGUACUUUCUGACAUUCAAACAAGGGUGCACAAAAUGCUGCAAUUUAUUUUAUAAGAGCUAAAAUGACUGCAUAUCAAAAGUAUCACAGUGGUUUACAGCACUUUGCAGCAAAGUAGAAUUUUAACCUGGGUACAGUAUUGGUCUGCUGCAGACCCAGUCAGCAAUAGAAGUUGAAUUAAAGAUGCCUCCAGGCUGCUUUUUAUGUCUGAACUACACAGAGCUCUCUUGGAUGUGAUAUUACUUGGCAACCAAGUGAAAUAAACACUAGAUUGGUUGGAACAUAGGAUGGGGUAAACCACUGUCCAAUAGGUAGAGUGUUGUAAAGAAUGAUGAAUUUGUGAGGUGGUGACAUCAGUUCAACUAACAUAAGAAACCAAAUAUACUAAAUGGUCAUGUGGAAGUAAUUGUGUUGGACCAGCCCAGGAGAGCUUUGGAAAUUUCAAAGUUAGUCAUACCUUUUCAGUUUUAUGCAGAAUAGUAAUUAGUCAGAAGAAACCUUCAGUUGUCUUGGCACACAAUACAUCAUAUGGUAUGUAUAAAGAAGAAGCUUUUGUUAUCACAGUUGCAUCUAUGCACUUGUAUAAAGCCAUAGAGUUUAACAGACUUGCUUAUGAGCAUUUUAUAGGAAGCUGCAUCUGAAAGGAAUGUGGGGAAACUGCAGCCCUUCGGAUUGAGGAAAUUUUGGAGAAUGUUAUCAGUCAUAAAUACACACUUUAUGAUGGGCAAUCCAUGAUUUUCAUUUCAUAAAUAACGCCUUAAUUUAACAUUUUCUAAAUGUUUGCCCAUCCUGUUAAAUUGAAGUUUACUGAUGACUGUUAUAAUGGAAAUUAAAUGAAAGUUUAUUGUUAAGAAAAAUAGUGCACUAUUUUUACACGUAACCAUUUGCAUUUGCAUUGGCCAAUUUUGAAUGUUUCUAUAAAAUUAUUGAAGAAAAUAUUUCAAGUAUGGAAUCUUUAAAAAAAACUAGUUAUUAUAAAACUGUUACUACCCAUUGCAAACUGAAAAUUAUACAAAGGAAUGAUAUGUUCUUGGCCCAUUUGAUAAUACUGUAAUAGAAAAUUUACGGAACUUGUAAUCCUUUAGAGUCACUAAGUGCUAUGAAACCUUAUUUGCCUUGGUUUGUGUAGCAGUCUAGAUGUUUUAUUUUCAUUAUUAUUUCUAAAAAAAAGAGCAUCUGUGUUAUUUUUACUACAUUCUCACAGUACAUAUAAAAAAUUUUCACAAACUCUAAAAUGAUUUAACUAAAGUCAUACUGUAGAUGUAUUUUAAAGUUUGAAUAGAGUUCUCUAAUACUGUAGCUGUAGUAUAGACUCUAGUACGGUUGCAGUAGUUUGUUAUGAGGACUCUGAAUAGCUGGGAAGCUGAGGCCUUGCAAAUGGGGCACUCACACAGAUAUUUUACAUGCCAUCUUACAAAAAUACAUAAUUUAUAUUGGCUUGGCCAUUGUAUUUAUAAAGGCUAUCAACUUGAAAUGCAUGUUUUAUACAACUACAGUAUGCUAAAGAUAAUGUAAAACAUAUUUGACAAUAAAACCAUUAUGUAGCCUUCCAAA